GUUAGUUUAGUGAGUUAGAGCCACUGAGCACAGGACAGAGAAGGUGGUUCCACUGGAGUUCAUGGAAUCAGGCUUUGCAGGCCAAAUUCAGGACUAUCAUGACAAGGGAGCUGGUAGCUCGGAACAGGGAGCAGGAAUACUGUCAAAUUCUUGUUUUGGAUAUCCGAAGGACAUUGCGUUCACUAUGGAAAUAGGCUCUCAGUGCUUGAGUGAUCUGCUUUGAGGUCUACAGUGGGAAUUGUUGAGGCACACUCCAUACCCUGGCUACUUAUGAAAGGUCCGGGGAGUAUUUUAACACGAUGAGGAUACCGUAAAGCUCUGCGGCUCAAGGUUGAUUUACCAUGGAGAAGUGAUGAUCCUGUCUUUCUACAGCUAAAGAAAUAAAAUCAAAGAUCAUGGGGAAUUCGUACGCAGGGCAGCUGAAAUCUGCCCGCUUCGAGGAGGCUCUUCACAACUCUAUAGAGGCCUCGCUGAGAUCGAGCAGUGGUGACCCACAGCCUGUAUUCACGCAGCUGUAUCUUGAGCCCGAUCAGUAUCCUAGCAACCUGGAAGAUAUUAAACCCAAAAUGGACCUGAGCCUGAGGUCCGACCUGUCCAGUCAUGUGCUGGUGAACUGCCAGUCCUCCAAUUGCAUUGAGGAUAUGGAUGAUGAGGAUGAAUCAGACACCAGCAGUCCACCGUUGCCUUACCUGCAGGGACCCCUUCCUGAUGGCUGCUGCACUAUUGAUGGAUUCUGUCAAGCAGGAAAGGACCUGCGCCUGGUUUCCAUGACAACAGAGUUCAUCGAGGUUCCUGCAGGGUUCGAGUUGGUCGGUGCCAAAUCGCCUAGCAUCCCAGAGCACAUCCUAGUCUGUGCAGUGGACAAGCGCUUCCUGCCAGAUGAGACUGGGAAAAAUGCACUUUUAGGAUUUUCAGGGAACUGUGUGGGCUGUGGUGAGAAAGGGUUCAGAUACUUCACUGAGUUCUCCAACCACAUCAACCUGAAGUUGUCCACCCAGCCGAAGAAGCAGAAGCACUUAAAGUACUACCUGAUGAAGAACUCUCAGGGUGCUCUGUGCAAGGGAGCCCUCAUCUGCUGGAAAGAUCGCAAGAUAAGGCCUUUCUCAAGCAGUGCUUCAUCAUCUAAGCCUAGUUCCUCAUCAUCGCUUAGCAGCAAAGAAAAUGGAGACACAAAUGGCCACAGUCCAUCUCCCUUCCCCCUCUCAGACUCGCCUCCGGCCCGCAUGCAGUCCAGUUCCUCCUCAGGGAUUUUUGGAAUGCCAGACCAGGGCUUCCUCAAACCGUUGAACACACCGACCCAUGGGACCAAGACUUUACCGAUCGUGCCCACUGCUCUCCGAGUUAACGGUCUGACUAAUUGCCUGAGUAUGGAUGGACGGUCCAGUCUACUGAGCCCCCCUCAAGCAAACCUCCUCGACACACCUAGUCAUGGCCAUUAUCGGGCCACAGAACCAGGGGACAGUCCAGUGUCCUCUGCUAUGGCAUCAGGUCCACCCAAAAAGCGUCACCGCAGCUGGCACCCCACCUCUCUAGUGCCCGUCCCUGCCACGGCUGUCCCUGUGCCAGCCAUCCGGCCGCUGGCAUGCAGCUCUGGUCCUUUGUUGUCCCUGUCCAAUCAGCCUCCAUCAGUGUCGGGAGUGAUACAGCCCCAACCAAUCACAGCAGGGGAAACUGUCAUCGUACCUGACAACCUUCUGAACACCUCUGGGGUCCGGCCAGUCCUUCUUAUUGGUCAAGGCACUUUACCAUACUUCUUUGGCAAUGUGGGUGAUCUGGUGGUGAGCCACCUGCUGGUCAGUUGCUAUACUGGCAGAGAGCUGAAUGAGAAGAGCCUUGCCAGUCUGGGCAUGUCAGCCAGCCAGUUUCUCACCACAGAGACCAUGAUACUGCUCACACUGCAAUACCUCGCACGACUUGGUACGGAGCAGAUCCCAUUGCGUGAAGAGUUUGAGCAGAUCGUUCUCAAGGCCAUGCUGUGCGGGCCGACUGGACCUUCCAUGUCCCCGGCCCAGCUGCCUUGGUUAGCUCGUAUGGAGGCCAGUGUGUCAGGUGGCAGCGUUCAGGUGCUGGUCACGCACGGCUCGCUGGGAGAGGGCAUCUCCGAUUCACUGCGCACACUGAGUGAAACACCACUGCAACAGCAGCAGUGUCUGCCAAUCUAUGUGCUCAUUAUCUGCACCUCGAAAAGUGGAGCUAACGAGUUCUGUGUGUUGGUGCUUGGUAAAUAUCAGUCUCGAGCUCUGGCAGAGAGCAUGCUCACAACGAAUGAGUUUCUGAAGGAAAUCAGCUAUGAGCUCAUCACAGGGAAGGUUAGCGUGCUUGCCUCACACUUCCAAAGCACCUCAUUAGGGGACAACUUGGACAAACAACUGGUUCGGUAUAAACGUAAACGCAAAGACCGUGUGGUUCAGCCUUUCCAGGGACAUCUCACUGAAUACAUCCACUCCCAAGAAGCAGCAGCCAUGAUACCAGAAUCAGGGCCAGAACUGUUGAAUGACCAUUUUCAGAUACACCCUCCACAGCUGAGUGUGGCACGCAGUCUCCUGUCACAGGUGUGUGCUAUCGCUGACUCAGGCAGCCAGAGUUUAGAUUUGGGCCGCUUUUGCAAGGUAGACUUCCUGAUUUUGGUGCCACCAUCUCAUGUACUGGUUCACCAAACAGUGCAGCGGAUUCAACAAUCAGGUGUCCUGAUAGAUCUAGGGAUAGAAGACACAUCCUUGGCCCUACAGAAGUCUGACAAGUAUGUAGUGCGCCUGGAUGCGGAGGUCCACACAAAAAUGGAGGCUUUCAUGAGAAAGGUCAAGCAGAAUCCUUAUACACUCUUCGUCCUCAUUCACGACAACUCACACGUCGACCUUACCAGUGCUCUUUCAGGGUCAGUUUGUCAUGGGGAUCUGCAGGGAUUGGCCGACCGGGUGGUAAACUGUCCAGAGGUUCUGGAAGCGAUAAACCUGCUGGUGCUGCAGGUCAGCUGCUUUCCCUUCACGCUGCAGAGCCGUCAGUCACGCAUCAGCACACAGAAUGAAGUGCACUGGCCCAACACUGAGAGCCUGCAAGUUGAAGCAUUGCCUAAGGAUCUGGUCUACUUUGGGCUGAAGGACUACAGCAGGUCCCUGCAGUGGGGGGUGGCAAGUCCUAUCCUUCGAUGUGAUGAUGCCUUUGAGCGGAUGGUCAAAACGCUUCUAGAGAGGCACCCACACUUGCACAGCAUGGUGAUCCGCAGCUAUCUGCUGAUUCAGCAGUACACAGAGGCUCUGAUGGCCCUCACCGCCGCCCCAUCACUGCGGGACCAUGUGACCCCUCAGACCCUCGCCAUGGUGGAGGAUCUGCUGAGUGUGCCAGGCCGCAGCAGGCACGGGUGCGGGCACAUGCUGCUGGUGCGUGUGCCCUCGCUUCAGCUGGCACGUCUGGCACAGGAGCAGCUGGAAGAGGCCCGGGACAAACUGGGGUUGCAUUACCGCUUUGCUGUACUGCUGGGCAGCCCUGCUGCAGAAAUUAGCCUGCCAAUGCAUUUCUGUGCCCGUCUGCAGGCUUGGCGGGGCUGUAAAAAUGAAGAAUGGGUCCCUCACACAUAUGAAGAUCUGGAAGGACUUCCAUGCAUUGUCAUCCUCACUGGAAAAGACCCUCUAGGAGAGACUUUCCCAAGGUCUCUGAAGUACUGUGAUCUGCGGCUGAUUGACUCCAGUUAUCUGACACGCACAGCCCUGGAGCAGGAGGUGGGUCUGGCCUGCUCCUACGUCACAUGCAGUGUUAUACCUGAGACGAAAACUGCAGCAGGCAGAGAGGAGAGACAGAGAGAGGAUGAGAAGAGCUCAGGAGAAGCAGCAGAACAUGAUGAACUCCAGAUGGAGCUGGAGAGACCACCCAGCAAUGCCAGUGCUGCUACCAGAACCUCUGGUGGUUCUACCACUGAAAACGGUGUCAGUUCAUCAAGCGUACUUGACAAACCCUCCUCCCAUGAAGACGCUGCCAGUAGCAAUAGAGCAUUACUGGACUGUCCCAAUCACUUCAAACAAGAGUGUGACUUCCAAGCACCCUCCUCAUCCACCACGGCCUCUUUCUCCUCUGCCUCCUCCUCAACCUCUUCCUCCUCUUCAUCUCCGGCUGCUCAGAGACCGAGUCAGUCCACGCAGGCUCCACGAGAAGGGAACAGGACACAGGUCUUCCCCAGGACGGCGGUGUUAUCCCGGGCAGCGUACACCCUGCUGGCCCCUGAGACUCUGGGUCAGCCCUGCUCAGCGUCCCUGUUGCCCCACGCUGAUGUGGCCUGGAGCAGUCCGCUCAGAUCGCCUGUUCCCCAUGGCCUCGGAGGAGCAGAGCAGUCUCUGUACUAUCGGCAGUGGACCACAGCCAGGCAGCACCAUGCCGAUUACGAAGGGCCAGCCGUGCCACAUCCCAGAAGACUGCUGUUGAGUGGACCACCACAGGUGGGAAAAACAGGCGCGUACCUGCAGUUUCUACGGAUUCUGUUCCGCAUGUUGAUUCGCCUUCUGGAAGUAGAUGUGUAUGAUGAAGAAGAGCUGGAGGAGGACGUGCCAGACAAAUCAAAGGUCCCGCCUGCCAGUGGGCCACAGUGGCCUGACGUGGAGGACAUCCGUAAUCUGCGAUUUGACCUUUACCCCCAUGACCACAAGUUCAGACAUGCAAGUCCAGUGCAUACAGAUAGGGUGCCAAAGACACUAAACGGAGUGAAAAUAGAGAGACUAGAGGCAGAAGGAGAACAACUCAAGAGAAACACAGUGUCUGUCAGACUCAGCAUGUUUGCGGCACACAAUGCAUUUCACCACUGUGAGCAGUGUCACCACUACAGUGAGGCGGCACCUGCCACUCAGCUGUCCGAUUGCACGUUCCACGCCUUCACGUUCUGCUCGUCCAUGCUGGGAGAAGAAGUCCAGCUGCACUUUAUCAUUCCCAAAACCAAAGAGCAUCACUUUGUCUUCAGUCAGCAGGGAAGUCAUCUGGAGAGCAUGCUUCUCCCUCUACUCUCUGACCAGGAUUCUGGCAUGCUGAAAAGUCCAAUUUUCUCCCCCACCACUGGUCGACAGGAGCAUGGCCUUCUCAACAUCUACCAUGCCACGGAGGGAGCCGAACACCUGCACAUCUUAGUGGUCAAGCAGUAUGAAAUGCCCCUCUACAGAAAAUACUGGCCCAACCACAUUCUGCUGGUGCUGCCCGCAAUGUUCAACAAUUCAGGAGUGGGAGCAGCUCGGUUCAUGAUCAAAGAGUUGUCAUACCACAACCUGGAGCUGGAGAGGAACAGACAGGAGGAGCAGGGCAUUAGGCGACAGGACGUCUGGCCCUUCAUCGUUAUGAUGGAUGACUCGUGUGUCCUGUGGAACACCCAUCAGUCUGGACCUGAGGGCAACAGUGAGGUGACAAAUGUGUCACUGAAGAGUGUCUUAAAGCACAUGGAGGCCACUCCGAAGAUCUCUCUUUAUGCCAUGUGUGGCCUCCGGAAAUGGAGUAGUAGUUUGUCUUCUCAAGCUUCUUCGGCUCCUUUCUCUCGCUGUCACCUACAUGACCUCAUCAUGCUGAACGUUGACCUCACACAGAACAUCCAGUAUGAUCUCAACCGGUUCACCUGUGAGGAAGUGGACUUUAACCUGAGGGCAAACAGCAGUGGUCUUCUGCUGUGUCGUUUCAAUCACUUUAGCGUCAUGAAGAAACACAUUCCCAUUGGAGGACACAAAGACUUCCUCAUAAAACCCAAACUCAUGAGGAUGGAGACCCCAGUGCACAUCAGUGCAUCUCAGUACGUCUGUGCUCCAGACAGUGAACACACUCUGCUUUCUGCACCAGCUCAGUUCUUGCUGGAGAAGUUUCUACAGAGCUGCAGUCAUUGGCUUUUUCCUCUGGCCCUCUGUAACGGCACAAACCUAGUGCUGUCCAUCGACAGCUAUCUCAACCUCGGCCCAGAGAUUGAGGUGUGUUACGUGAGCUCUCGGCCUCACUCAGUGAAUGUGGAUCAUCAGGGAGUAGUCUUCAGUGGGCUGCUGCUCUACCUGUGUGAUUCAUUUGUAGUUUCAAGUCUCUUAAAGAAGUUCAACUUUCUCAAAGGCGCUACAUUGUGCGUGAUCUGUCAGGACCGCAGCUCUCUGCGUCAAACUAUUGUGCGCUUGGAACUAGAGGAUGAAUGGCAGUUUCGUCUGCGAGAUGAGUUUCAGACGGCCAACUGCAGUGAGGACCGGCCCCUAUACUUCCUCACCGGCCGUCAUAUCUGAACACCUCCAACUACAUCUGUCCCAACACCUCCAUUUCCCUUGGCCUUCAGCUGUUUGGCCACUAUAUGGAGAAAAUACUGUCCAGCAAGGGGGAAUAAGACUUGAGAUUGUACUGGAACAGAGCUUUUCUAUAAAGGAAGGAUUCCUCCUCAAUGUUCAUUCCCAUGCGCCCUCCACUCAGCACUACCUCUGAUAAUGUUUGAGGACAAAGACUCUGAAGAACUGUCCAACUUACAGAUAUCGUGCUGGUUACAGGUGUUGUCCAAUUGCCUUGCGUGAUUCCCCUUUUUUACAUUUUGGCAAGACUUUGAGAACUUUAUUUGUCGAUGAUUUUUGCGUGUCCUCACACGCAAGAAAAUUUUAAGACAUCUUGAAAGAUUGUAAACAUUCUUAUAUGUCCUCUUUGGACAUAUGUAUUAUCUCAGGAUUUUUUGUCUCAAGACAGAGAAAGACUACUGCUUUUUCUUUCGUCUCUAUUGCCUAUUUCAUAUAUUUCCUGAUGCCAUCCACCAAAGACUUCUAAACUCCUCAAGCCAGAAGCUCACCUUCAUAAGUUUGUACAGGUGCAGUUGCACAGCAGCAUGUUGCUUAUAGGUGUGUGCUUUUAGGAGCAUUACGUUGAUCAUGGUCGACAAGAACUGAAUCCAUCCCAUGUUAUCAAGGUGAAAUGACUAAAAAUCCUCUAGAAUAUUUUAUCUUGCCAAAGAUAUUGCCCAACAUAAUCAAAAACACUGAAUCCAUGCUUCUAUGAGUAAUCUGUUAUCCAAGUUUGGGUAUUUUUAUUGGAUCAACAAAGUUUGAUUACUGGUCGUUUUUGGCCUACAACAGCCGAUGUGCGACUAUGUUCUUUAUGAUUGUAAUGCCAGCUGGUCAAAAAGUAAACCAAACCAGCCUAAGGCAGUUUGCUGGUCUAAGCUGGUUUGAGCAGGUUUAUCUGGUCUUCCAAUCUGCCCAAGCUGGCUUUCAGCAGGUUUAACUGCCUGACCAGCUCACAAGUGCCCAAAAACCUUCUAAAACCUUAAAAUAAGACCAGCUUGGUGGCCAGCUGAGACUAGCAAACCACAGUAGGUAAAGCUAUUAAUCUUUUAAGCUGUUUAAAAAAAAAAAAAAAAAAAAGAACAUGCCUGAUGAUCUUAACCACAAAACACCACAAUUCCUAACAUUGACAUGUGGGAUGUUUGAUUUGAAAAUUUGGGAUCUGCUGUCAGCAUUCAGGAUAGGUCAUUGUGUCAAUAGUUAGCAUCAAGUGAUCAUCAUAUUUUGCCGAAACAUUCCUUAUUUUGAAGUUGCUGGGAAUGUUUGGAGUUGCACACUGUGAAUGCCUUAAGUGAUAUAACCCUGAUGACAUCACAAUCCCAAACGCCACUCCAAAAGAAGCAGUGAGGAGCAGUAUUAACGGAAAUGUGAAACCAAAAUUACGGCUAGCCAGCUAGCUAGCUUGCUGUUCUGGUAUGUCUGAGAAGAUAAAUGUUUUCAACAGGGAUAUCUUUUUGGGUGUUUAAAGAAAAUUACUUUGUUUACAUUUAAAGAAAUGCCGAUAUUAAUAUAUUUGACAAACCUUUUUGUCACUUUGGAUUCUGGCUAGUUUUACAGAAAAGUCACUUUCAGCCAUAUGUGUCACAGAUAACCUGCAAUCUUUUCCUAUGUCCAUGGCACAAAGUAUCUACCUAGAAUUUCCAAUGUUUAGGACCCUUUAGUUUCUGUUUGGGUGAUUUAUUUAAAGUGAGAAAAAAAAAUGGAUCCCUUUUUUGAGGGAUUUUUUUUAUUUAUUGAAGAAGCCUCUUGGACUGAUAAUCAUUUAGAUAUCUGGAAAGCUUAGCUGUCGGUCAGGUCCUUGAAUUAGUCACCAAAGCUUUGCACACUUUCAUUGAAACUAUGUAUAGAAGCUGUAUUAGAAAUUAACUGAUGUACACGAAAAAAUAGCAUAACAAAUAUGUGGUUUACUUGCAUUGCCAGUAUAAACCAACUGGGUUGUAUGUAAUAAAAUACAUCCGGUCCUGUGAUGAUACUGAUUGUAAUGAAGACAGCCAAAUGCCCACUUGACAACCUUUAGAAUGUGUCUCAUUUGUAGAUAAUUUGAUGUGCACAUAAAUUAUGCAAUUUGCUUCUCACAAUCGUUUCAUCUUUUCUGUCAGCUGUGAAUAUUCAAAACAUAUGUAGCACCAAUCUGUUUAAAAUCUUCUACCUCAUGAUCUACUUGGCGACUUUGGUUUAGUCAGCAAUUGAUUUCAGAAACAUGUUCUUGUUGUUAUUGAGAUAAAUGAAUGUAAUAAAGUGUCAUCAACAACCUA